AUGAUUGCGUCCCUGGGGGAGGCCAUGAACACAAUGGUCCAGUCGAUGCAGCGGUUGGAGGCGAGGAUGUCGGCCAAGCAGGUGCCCUCCCUCAACCCACACCCGGGGGAUAGGGAGAGGGCAGAGACGGUGGGGAUGGAGACCUAUGUGUUCCGCUACGCGUUUAUACAGGGCUUUGGCAAGGUUCUGUCUCACCCUGAUCCGUCACUGCCGUUCAUAAUGGAGGUGGAAGCCGCGGAGUUGGGGGCAGAUUGCCAGUACGUGCCGCUGGAUGUUCGUGACCACACGUCCCCUUCCACUGGUCACCCAGGCAUAGACCGUAUUGUGCGCUGCCUUAACGAUAAGUACUGGUGGCCUGGCACGCUGAAGACCAAUCCUCGCUCCGACCGAGCUUCAACACCAAAAAAAACUGACUACAACCGGUGUGGCUUAGUUCUCAUAAAAUCCCUGUCAGUUCCCGAACAGGUCCUGCCGCAACUAUGUUGGGAGAUCACCUUUCGCUUUUACGGGCCAGAUAUCCUGUGCCGAAUAGUGAAGCACCUCCAGGUGAUGGGCAUGUUCGCCUCCACCUACAUGAUGGUUAUGAUGACCCUGGACCGUUAUAUCGCAAUCUGCCACCCGUUGAAGACCCUCCAGCAGCCCACCAAACGGUCCUAUAUCAUGAUCGUCAGCACCUGGAUAUGUAGUUUGGUCCUCAGCAUGCCGCAGUACUUCAUAUUUUCUCUGAGUGAGAUCAAGAACGGCUCGGACGUCUACGAUUGCUGGGGUCAUUUCAUAGAGCCAUGGGGCGUAAGGGCGUACAUCACUUGGAUAACCAUCAGUAUAUUCCUAAUCCCGGUGUUCCUACUGAUUAUAUGCUAUGGGUACAUUUGCCACGCCAUUUGGAAGAACAUUAAGUAUAAAACCAGGAAAACAACUGUGGGAGAUGCGACAAAAAAUAGUUUAAUUGUAAAGAAUGCAGUUAGCAGCGUUACCACUAUAUCCAGAGCUAAGUUGAGAACUGUUAAAAUGACGUCUGUGAUUGUUCUGGUUUACAUAAUAUGCUGGUCACCUUUCUUUAUCGUGCAGAUGUGGUCGGUGUGGGAUGAGAACUUUGCAUGGGACGAUUCUGAGAACACUGCUGUCACGCUGUCAGCGCUCCUCGCAAGUUUAAACAGCUGCUGUAACCCGUGGAUAUACAUGAUCUUCAGCGGGCAUGUACUCCUCGACUUUACUAACUGGUUCCCAUGCUGUAAAAAAUUACCCCACACGUUCAAGAAAGAGGACUCGACGAGCAGUUUUCGGAGAAAUACGCUAUUAACUAAAAUGACCAACCGGAGCCCAACGUGCAGUUCGGGUACGUGGAAAGACCCUGAAAACUCUUGCAAGUCUUCCAUACCAUCCACCCAGGCACACGACCAACAGUGCGUGAAAUUCACAAACACAGAAAUAAUAUGUAUUAAUUAAAACGAAUUGAAUGUACAAUUAUGGUCUUUGAUACCACUUCCUGUCGCAGAUUGAUUGAUUUAUGAAUUGUCUAUUACCUAAUAUGACAAUGAGAAAUACCAUAAAAACACAAAUAAUUUAAUCUACAGCAGUUUAUAGUUGUUGCAAUAGGCAAAGGAAAAAGAUCUAAACUAUUUGUUAAGGUUAUGACAUUCAAUAUUCAGGCCAAUGCAAUCUGAUUUGAAUAGUUAAUGAAAAACCCAGAUCACAUAAAUGACAGGUCUACGUGUACAAGUACUGUAGACUGAAAUAGAUGAUCACAGCAAUUCUAUGCAUUUUGGAUACAUUUUCCCAGUGAGCCUGGGUGAAUUGAAAACUAAUUGGGCCCUGUCUGUUUACAAAGCAACAGAGGUGCCUGCAUGCCUGACCUCAUGUCUGCCUGUCUGUCCGUUUGCUUGCCUGUCUGCCUGGUGGACUUUUCCAUGGGUCCUCAGGGUGAAUGUGGUCAGAAUGGUUAUUUCAUUAGCCACGUAUCCUAGUAACCAAAAGGAUGAGCGCCGUCAGUAGUCUAAAAUUUUCUAAUGUUUCUCUCACCCUCUGUUACCUUGAACAAAGCUAUCCUGGAUAAAAACCACCUGUGUUAAAUCAGGAUCUAAACUAUAAUCCU